CAGAGCAAUGUAAUGUGUAGCAACUGCUCCGGCCUCACUGUGGUCACGUGUGUUAUGGAAAGUUUUUCCAAACUGGAGUAUCGCUGCACGUCUCCCUAACUGCAGAUAACAAAUGUAUUACGAACAGGGGCUUUAUUCCGGUUUAAUAUAUUUCCAUUCAGCAGUUGUUUGUGUUACUGCUAAGGGUUAGCGUCAUGUCAGCGUCGGCUUGCCAACUUAAGCUUUCUUUGUAGAGACGUGGUCGUUGUGAUUUUCUCUGCUGUUAUACAUUCCCUAAGGUAAAUUUUUCCUUAAUGAGUUCAUUUUAUUAAAGGGAGUUAGUUAUCAACAUGGUAUUUUUCACCUGUAAUGCGUGUGGCGAAUCGCUGAAGAAAGUACAAGUUGAGAAACACGUGAAUAUGUGUAGAGGAUGCGAAGUUCUCUCUUGUAUAGACUGUGGGAAAGACUUUUGGGGCAAUGACUACAGAAAUCACUUAAAAUGCAUCACUGAAGACCAGAAGUAUGGAGGGAAGGGCUUUGAGGCGAAGUCUAACAAAGGCGAAGUUAAACAGCAGCAGUGGAUCCAGAGGAUUCAUGAUGCCAUGAACAAACCAGGAGUAAGUCAAAAGAUGAAGGACAUCCUCAGUCAAGUCAGUUCAUAUGAUAACGUCCCAAGAAAGAAAGCCAAGUUUCAGAACUGGAUGAAAAACAGUUUGAGAAUGACCAAUCCGAAUCUACAGGAUGAAGUCUGGGAAAUUUUUUCUGCAGCUACGACCAAUGGAGCCGAAGCCUCCAAGCUGAAUACCACAGCUGAAGAUACUCCAGCUGAGGUGAAGGUGCAGAAUGAAUCAGAGGAGCUGGCUCCUAAAGAGGAGAAGAAGAAGCUGAACAAGAGGGAGCGUAAAGAGGCCAGGCAGCAGAAGAACGGGAAGACGAAGAAGGGUGCUGAAAAUGCCCCUGCCGUCGAACAUGGAGAAAAGGUGAAGAAAAGAAAACAUGCCUCAGAAGAAGCAAAUGGAGACGAGACGUCCACAAAGAAAAGGAAGAAAAGCAAGGACUGCUCUGAAGAUGACCAAGAUGAAAGCCAAUCGGCAGAUGAGGUUGAGGAGCGAGAAGCUUCCAAAGGCAAAUUCAACUGGAAGGGAACAAUUAAGGCUGUCAUCAGACAAUCAACUGACCAAGAGAUUUCGGUGAAAAAACUCAAAAAGAAGGUUUUGGCAGCAUACUACACUUUCAGCGGUGAGAGCAAUUUCAAAUCAGAGGAGCAGUUGAUGGCCCUUUUCAACAAGAAGAUCAAGGGAAAUCCAAAAUUCAAGGUUUUGAAAGACAAAGUUAAACUUGUAAAUUAAUAUCCACAACACUUAUGCUAUUCCAAAACCAUCCAUUUCUACAUCCUGGUUUCUCCUGGUCUCCAUGAUCCUGAUGCCUUUUGUUAAGCGUCUCAAAGAUUAAAUACUUUUAUUAUGAA